UAUUCUGAACCCAUUGGUGAUUGCAAAUUGCGAAAGGCUUGUCGAGCUUAAUUCCCAGACCCGAUUCAUGUCCUUGUACUUCGAUUACAUGGCACAGAACAUCAAUUCAUCUACAUAUAACGUCAACCGUGCUCAUCUCUUAGAUACUUCUGAUCCAACUGUAUUUUUCGAUACAUCCAUGAAGGAAGAGAUUUGUGGAAUUCCGGAUCAUAUUCGCCCACAAGUGGUCCCAAAUAUUUUCUAUAACAAAUACCAUCAAGUCGACUGCGCCAAAAUGUUCUACACUGACGGAUCAAUUCUCGACGGGUCCACAGGCUUCGGUAUCUUCAACGAAAAUCUUGCUGCCUCAUUCAAACUCAAUGAUCCUGCUUCAAUUUACGUCGCAGAAUUAGCUGCCAUUCAGUAUACUCUCGGGAUCAUUGACACCCUGCCCUCAGACCAUUACUUCAUCGUUUCGGAUAGUCUCAGCUCCAUUGAGGCCAUCCGUGCGGCGAAGCCUGGAAAGCACUCACCGUAUUUCCUGGGGAAAAUACGGGAAUAUCUGAGUGCUUUAUCUGAAAAAUCUUACCAGAUUACCUUGGUUUGGGUCCCGUCACAUUGUUCUAUUGCGGGCAAUGAGAAGGCGGACUCUUUAGCCAAGGUGGGCGCAUUAGAAGGCGACACUUACGAAAGACCAAUUUGCUUCAACGAAUUUUUCAGUAUCUCUCGUCAGAGGACGCUCGAUAGUUGGCAAACCACAUGGAGCAAUGGGCAUCUGGGACGGUGGCUACAUUCCAUUAUCCCGAAGGUAUCAACGAAUGCUUGGUUUAAGGGGUUGGAUGUGAACCGGGACUUUAUUCGUACGAUGUCAAGGAUCAUGUCCAACCAUUACUCGUUUGACGCGCAUCUCCGUCGUAUAGGGCUUGCUGAAAGUAAUCAUUUUGUUUGUGAGAACGGCUAUCACGACAUCGAGCAUGUUGUUUGGCUGUGCGCAGAGUACUGUGUUGCCAGGUCCCAACUAAUAGAUUCCCUUCGGGCCCGAGGUAGAUCACCCUAUGUGCCAGUCCGGGACGUCCUGGCAAGCCGUGACCACCCCUAUAUUUUUCUUAUCUAUAUCUUUUUGAAAACCAUUGAUGUCCAAGUUUAAUACAUUUUACCCUCUCUCAUUCACAGUAGAAUCUCACCAACCUAUCCCUGUAUCUACAAUAUGGCAUUGCAUCACGAGUCUUCGGUGCACACUCUUCUUGAUAACCGUCUAUCCAGAACAUCAUGACAUACCGCACAUGCAGAUGAUAUAGAGUGCCAAUAAUUAUCCGAAAUAUCGACCCUCCCCUCGCCCCUGCGAUUACAGGCUGGAAACUACAACACUACAACAAAGUGUGCAUAUCCGCCACAAUGAUCAAUCAGCAAACGACGAUGUCAAUUACGCAAUAUGUAUCCCACUUCCUACCUUUUUCCUUUACUUACAUAAGAGGGGAGCAAGCCGCCCCUAAAUACGGCUUUCCCUUCCCCCACUAACAUGUGACAUGUAAUAUAAAAAAAAAUGAAUUAUCGGCCUCGUUAAGCUACAGCAUUUGGGCCUAAAUAAACGUAUUUUAAGAUAACAAUUAGUCUGAUUGGAUUCCGAUGGAGCAGUGCUGCCAGGGACAGUUUACCUUGACGACGGAAAAUGAAUUUAUCAUAUAUCUUCGUUAUAUUAUUGAAAACUGAUAAAAUUUAUAAAUUUAAAUUGUCUUUGGCUACGUUUUCCACGCAAGUGGACUAUUGAAAAUAUUCUACUAGAAUUGUUUUGAGCAUAGGAAGGUAAAAAUAGCACUGCGAGGAAAGCACCUAUCUUUAUGAAAAAAGGCUUUUCGUGUUUCUU